CUGGCGCAAGUAGCAGCACACACGCUGGAAGGAAGUUUCUUGGGGCGGGCGCCUUUCGGCUUAUCUUCUUCUCUGGCCAGAAAAACCGCCAACCAGGGCCGAGGCGGGGAUCCCGAUGGUGGUGGCGCUGGUGCGACCCGCCAAGUGGUUCGGCGAGGGUUGCCGUUCGUCGGCUUUCGAGUUUGGCAGAAGGUUGCGCGACCUGGUCGAGCGGUGCAGGUGGCACGCGGCGGAGUUCCCGGGGAGCGCGCCGGACGUGACCUUCGUGGCCCUGCUGGACGCGCCGCCGCCGGCGCAGUGGCAGCAGGCGGCCGUCUUCGACCGCGUGGCCUCCGUGGAGCAGGCCCUCGGCAGGUUGGGGCGGCCCGCCGGGCCCGGCGCGGCGGGGCCCCGGGGCAGCCCGGAGGCGCUGCUGCGGGGCUUCGGCGCGGAGGCGCCGC